AUGAUAAAGGAAUUGGUGCCCAAGCCAUCUCACUCGAGCGAUGCUCUUCCUCUCUAUCGCAAUGGGGAAUCAAAUUCACCUAGCUAUUACACUGAAAGCGACAGCAAUCUCUCAACGGGAUCUUCCACUGGAUCCACCAAGAGAAGAAGGCGGUCUACAAGACUGAACAGCUUGGGAUAUCAAAAGAAGACAGACAAGAAAAACAUGGCUCUUGCUCAAAAGAAGUUUAAAAAACUGGAUUUGGCUCCAUCUCGAGAGAGAAGUCAGAGCUGGUCUGUUGGCGAUCGAGUAGAAGCGAUCAAAUGGGCGGAUGAUGUGAAGGAGUGGUAUUGCGCUCGUAUCGUAGAGAUAACAAAAGAUCAUCAUGAUGAAACGCUUGUCUUUGUUCAUUACGAAGGAUGGCCACCAGAAGAGGCCGAUUGGAUAAGCCCCACAUUGCUUAGAGUCCCUCAGAGAGCAGAGAGCUUGCGGUAUGGCCCAGCAGGUGCAGAAUCUGACAGAUCUUGGAGGGACUAUGUUGAUUUUUACAAUUCAAAAAGAGGUGGUAUGGCAAGACAAAAUACAGGCAUUGUGCAAGACAGACGUAUGGGUUUACAUUGCUGUCCAUGUCAUUCUCGUGAAACCAUUCACCCUGAAAGACCUGAUAGAAUUGGCUCCAUUUUGCAAACAUUUCAUACCAACAGGAUGCUUCGAUAUUUCAAACGAAUUCACGCUCGAGAAACCACCACACAGGAGCUGCUCCGCGUGCACACGUUUAGUCAUGUUCGCAACUACUAUCCAUUAGAUGAGGAAACCAUGGUGAAGAAGGAAAAAAGGCCAUUGAAAAUAACGUCAAUUGCAGCACUACUGAAUCCUGAACCGCCAAAGAAUCCAUGUAUACAGCAGCUAGGUACUAUUGACAAAGUUUUACGCGGUGUCGGUGGCGACACGAUUAUCAAAGCUGACCAGGACCAUAUCAACAGACAACACCGUCGAUUCUCAACAGCGGCUGCUUUUGCUGAUGCAUCUCAGAGCAAUCCACAGCCAACAGCACCUCCUACGUUGGUGUGUAAAAUGACCUGUGGUGAACUGGGUAUUUCAGUAGAUACAACAUUCCACCCCCUGUACACUAGUUUAGCGGCGAAAGUAGCUGCUGGUGCUCUUCUCUCUCUUGUGGAACCGAUUGUUCAGGGUCAGCUACGGAAUGGAUUUGCCCUCAUUCGUCCUCCAGGGCAUCAUGCAGAAGAUGAUUUGGCUAUGGGCUUUUGCUUUUAUAAUAAUGUAGCUGUUGCUGUAGCGGAUACAUUGGAAAAAUACCCAUCAAAGAUCAAGAGAGCUGUUGUUAUUGACUGGGAUAUUCAUCAUGGCAACGGCACCCAAAAGAUAUUUUAUGAUAACCAAAAUGUUCUAUAUAUUUCAGUACACCGAUGGGAUCAUGGCAAGUUUUAUCCUUUCAGUGGAGCACCUAGCGAAUGUGGUGAAUAUGAAGGCAUUGGUAAAAAUGUAAAUAUUGCGUUUUCAGAAUCAAACAGAAAGCCAAAACCAAUGGGCGAUACAGAAUUCGCUGCUGCAUUCUAUCAUUUUGUAAUUCCAAUUGUCAAGCAAUUCGGACCAGAUAUGAUAUUUGUUUCAGCUGGUUUUGAUGCGGCCGAAGGACACCCAGAGAAUCUUGGCGGCUAUAAUGUAACACCGCGAGGAUAUGCAUUACUCACGAAAAUGGUCAAGGAUUUGGCUGAAGAUCUCUGUGAAGGUCGACUGGUGCUGACAUUAGAAGGUGGUUACGAACUUCAACCAUUAGCAAAGUCAUGUGCUGCAAGCGUGGCCCAGUUAUUCUUACCAAAUACCAUACCAAACCAGCAGAUUACAACUUUUCAAGAUACUCUUGACAGUACAAAACCGAAUCGAGAUGCAAUAGACAGUUUUCAAGAUAUAUUACGAUACCAAAAGAAGCAUUGGCACUUCUCUGAGGAGACGCUGGACCCCGAUUUCACGUUCUCUUUACCAGAUGAUUGGAGAGCUACUGAUAGCAUAACUACAAGACCACGCAGAGAUAAAAAGGCGGUCAAGACAUUGACCAUUGAGAGUUAUUAA